UACAAAACCAUGUCUGAACCUAAGGCAACAAUGUGGACUACAAAUAUAAACGAUUUAAGUUUCGAAGAGGGUGAUCUUAUUGAAAUAGAUAGAGUUUUUUAUCAUCACUGGGGAAUGUACGUAUCUGAUGGCAAAAUAAUUCAUCUCGAAACUGUCGAAUCUCCGACGCAAUACGUUGUGAAUUCCCAAUUCGACGAAUUAGUGCCGGCUAUUAUCAAAUACGACCCUCUAAAUGAUGUCACUGAUUCGUCAAAAUUUUGCAUCAACAACAAGCUCGAAAUUUAUAAAAAUCCAAGAAAAAUCGAAGAUCUUAGAAAACUGAUUAAGAUUAGCUUAGAAAAUCCAAGGGUUUUGGAAUAUUCGUUAAAGUAUUUCAAUUGUGAACAUUUUGUUACAUUUCUUAAAUUUGGGAUCAGUGAUUCUGAACAAAUGCCUCCAGAAAAUCAGUUUUUAUUAUCAUUUGUAUUAAAUACUGGUGCUAAUUAUCUAGCAAAGUUGAAUGGUAAAAAAAAUCCUAAUUCAAAUGCUUGGAGUCCAUUAAUGAAUGCUUUUGGUGCUUCUGUACAGAAUGAAGUGUAUCAGAAACCCACAAUUGAGGAAAAAAUUAAACGAAAUUUAGAACAACUCUAUGGACAAUGUGGCUAAGCAAAUAGAAGAUAUUUUUGUACAAAGUACAAACCUAAAAAUUAUUUAAAUACAUAUCCUUAGGACUAAAAACAGAUUGGUACAGAUAUUUAUGUAUUAAAAUAUAAUAAUCCUAUAAAAUCAUUUAUCACUUUAUCAGACAUAAUACUCGUAAAAAUUAAUUAAGUAUAUAUCCUUAGGACAAAAAACAGAUAGGUAUGUAUUAAAAUAUAAUAAUCCUAUAAAAUCAUUUAUCAGACAAAAUACUCGUAUUGUAAUUUGAGAAAGUAGAAUAAAGCGCUGAGAGUCUAUAUAUAAUAUUUCGGUAUCUAUGUUAGGUAUAUCAUAUAGUACUUACAUAUAACAUUGUAAUCUUACAUUAGUAUACAUAAACAUAAGGUGCUAUAAUAUGUAGAAAUAUAAAAAUUAUAUUUUUUUAAUAUUUUUUAUGUUAUCUUGCAAAAACUGAUUUUCUGAACUAAGUAUAAUGUUUAUGAUAAUAUCGUGAAAAUAAUGUUCUCAGAUCCAAGUAAUUAAUUUCUCAAAUUGAAUUUUUAAAAACAAUUUUUUAUUAACAAUAUUCCACUCUUCACUUCACUCAUUCCAAAUAAAACAUGGUUUUUAUUAUAAAAAGGCAAUCCAAAAUAAAAAUUAAAUAAACAAAUGUAUUCAUAAAGCUAACCUAGAUUAAAAUGUAUCUUAAAAGAUAAGAUAUAAUUAUACUUUAACCUUUACAGGCAGACGUAAGCGGAAUUUUCUGAUUUCAAAUUGAAAUUAAAUUUUAAAAUGAACUAGGUAACAGUACCUACUUCAAAAACUGUCGAUUGCAAAGACGAACAAAGAAUCUACAACAAUGAGACACAUAUUUCUAAUUAGAUUAUCAUUAUUAAAACGAUUGAUUAUAUGUAUUUUGCCUCAGAGAUAACUACCAUUGCUAUCUACCAUUGUAACAAUUAAAUUUAUCUUCGUAAUAAUAGUUUUCUGGGAAUUACCCAGCUUCUUAAAUACCCGUAAAACAAUACCUACAUUCCAAAUCGAAGGGACAUUACCUAAUUAUUGAUAGCAUAGAUAACGUACACUUAUAAAUAUGCUUGUGAAGACCUAAAUCAUAUCAAAAUCAAAUAAAAUUUGUGAGGAAGCUACAGCUCCUGAUUAUUAUUUCCAAAAAUGUCGAGACGUGUAACAGAAUGGAGUGAAAAUCUAGAAGACUUAAACCCACAAAAAGGCGAUUUGAUCGAAAUUGACAAAAUUAUUUAUCACCAUUGGGGAAUGUACACAUCUGAUAAAAAAAUAAUUUCUUUCGAACCUGUCGACACUGCAAUUAUGGUACUUUCGCUUAAAUUCGAUGAUCUUGUUCCUGCUGAAGUCAAAAUACAAUCAAUUAAAAAAGCCACAGGCCAAAGCAGGUUUCGUAUUAACAAUAAACCAAAACUUGAUAAAACUACCCGAAGUUACAGCGAGAUUGAAGAGUUAAUUGAAACUUGUUUACGGUGCCCGAGACAAUUGGAGUAUUCUCUCAAAUAUUUCAAUUGUGAACAUUUUGUCACUUGUCUCAAAUUUGGAGUAGCUUAUUCGGAUCAAAUGAGUUCCGAAAAACAAUUUUUAUUUACACUGGGAUUAAAUAUGGGUGCCAGUUAUUUACGAGAACUGAAUAACGAAUGGGAAACUCCUGAUGAUGCUUUUAGACCCAUGUUAGAAGCUUUGGAAGCCAGUAUGAAAAAUGAAAUUCUUGUGAAACCACCAAUACAGAGGAAAGUCGAGCAACAAUUGGAACGGCUGUUCGGAAAAUAUAACACAAAAUAUUUGUUCUAAAUGUCAAUUUUAUGUAUUUUAUAGAUGGUAUAAAUAAAGCUUAAUGACUUAAUGAAAA